CCUUUGCCUUUCAAAAUCAAUGCUUUUUUACGGUGCCAAAACCGAACUCAUCCGGAUUAGGUGUUUUAGGUAGCAAGUGUGAGCAAAUUUCAGCUACUUUCUGUGUCACCGAGGAAUUACCCUAGACGUCAUCUGCUGGAGUAGUGCUGGACCAGGUACAGUUCACGAUCUCCAGCCGUUCCUUAAUACUCCGUAUUAUUCAUCGCGGUGCAGAUCACAGGCAUUUGCAGCAUUUUCUAAGGCUUUGGGAAGAGCGCCACCAGAACACAAUCUUGACCAGCUUACCAGAUAUGGGCGGGCUUAUGGCAUACUGAUAAUGAUUCUUAUUAGCAUUGGGAGCUGAUGUGCAUUACCGCGUAAUGUAUGCUCCCCUGCAGAAAUGAUUUCCAUUUCCAAUUUUUAGCGUAGUACUAACUCACGAGCUGUUUAUUGCACCCCGGAGCUGCUUAUAUAUAUAGCGUCUAGCUCCAUUUCCAGGCCAUGGAGAGUUCUUCCCCAAAUGGUUAUCGGUUUAGGAGAAUUCCACGCCGUUCUUACUCAGCUGAUCUGAACUUGGACCCACUGCUUGAUGAAAACAUGGAGCAAUGGCCCCAUUUAAAUGAACUUGUUCAAUGCUAUACAACUGAUUGGAUUAAAGAUGACAGCAAGUAUGGUCAUUAUGAGAGCAUUGGCCCAGCUUCAUUUAAGAGUCAGGUAUUUGAAGGUCCUGAUACAGAUAUUGAAACAGAGAUGCAUCUUAGCAAUGUGAGGCAAGUUAAGAUUGAUGAUUCAUUUGUGGGAGAAAAUCCAAGUACAUCCGCAGUACAAAUGACUGAUGCUAGCUUGUACGACUUGUCAAAUUUAAAAGUCUCUAAGCAUUUUGGUGAAUCUCCUUUACCUGCUUAUGAACCAGUUUAUGACUGGGAAAAUGAAAGAUCAAUGAUAUUUGGGCAGAGGACUCCUGAAGCUCACAUGUCCCAAUAUACUAGUGGACUAAAAAUUGCCGUUAGGGUUCUAUCCUUGGCUUUCCAAGCAGGAUUAGCUGAGCCAUUUCAUGGGACAAUUUGCUUAUACAACAGGGAGAGAAGAGAAAAACUUUCAGAAGAUUAUAAUUUCCAGAUACUACCAGAAGAAAUGCAGAAUGCAAGCACAUCUUGUGAACGACGGUCUGUGUUUCAUUUAGAUGCCCCAUCAGCAUCAAUCUGUCUGUUAGUCCAACUAGAGAAACCAGCCACUGAAGAAGGCGGGGUGACUCCCAAUGUAUAUUCACGGAAAGAAUCAGUUCAUCUGACUGAGAGAGAGAGACAGAAAUUGCAAGUUUGGUCUCACAUCAUGCCUUACAGAGAGUCUUUUGCCUGGGCCAUCAUCCCACUUUUUGAUACCAGUAUUUGUGCUGCUGCUGGAUCUAAUUCCCCUGGCAGUCCCCUUUCUUCAAGCUUUUCAGGAUAUAGCUGUCAAGAAGGUGUUGUAGAGCCAAUUGCUAAGAUCACCAUGGAGGGAAGUCUUGGUCAUUCCAGUGGAAACUCCAUUGUUGUUGAAGUGUCUAAUUUAAAUAAAGUUAAAGAAGCCUACACAGAGGACUCACUCCAGGAUCCUAAGAGAAAGGUUCAUAAACCAGUAAAAGGUGUGCUGAGGUUGGAAAUCGAAAAGCUGCAAAAUUACUGUAUUGAUUUCGAUCACAUGGAAAGCGGGAAUGUGAUAUCUGAUUCUAAUGAAAAUGGACCUCCUAAUUUUUUUGAGAGGAAAGAGCUGUCUAGAAAUGGAUCACUUGCCAAUGAAAAUGCAGAAGUUGCUACAGAUGAUUUUGAAGCUUUUGACUUCCGCACUACAACGAGGAAUGAACCAUUCUCGCAGCUUUUUCAUUGCCUUUAUGUUUAUCCAUUGACUAUAAACAUGAGUAGGAAAAGGAAUAUGUUUAUACGGAUUGAACUUAGAAAGGAUGAUGCUGAUAUUACUAAUCCACCUCUUGAGGCAAUGCAUCCCAAGGAACCGGGUGCAUCACUUCAGAAAUGGGUUCAUACACAAGUUGCUGUUGGAGCUAGAGUUGGCAGCUAUCAUGAUGAAAUCAAAGUUUCCUUGCCUGCAAUUUGUACACCAAUGCAUCACCUUUUGUUUACUUUUUUUCACGUUGACCUUCAAACAAAGCUUGAAGCUCCAAAACCAGUAGUGAUUGGAUAUGCUUCACUUCCUUUAUCCGCUUAUGCUCAGCUCAAAUCCGAGAUCUCGAUACCCAUUUUAAAAGAGUUAGUUCCUCAUUAUCUCCAAGACAUUGGCAAGGAAAGGAUAGAUUACAUAGAGGAUGGAAAGAGCAUCUUCAAACUCCGCCUACGACUGUGUUCCUCCUUGUAUCCUAUCAGUGAGGGAAUUAGGGAGCUUUUCAUUGAGUAUGACAGACACUCUCUUCGAACAAGUCCACCUUGGGGAUCUGAGCUUCUGGAGGCCAUUAACAGUUUGAAGAAUGUUGAUUCUACAGCUCUGCUUCAAUUUUUAUAUCCAAUUCUAAAUAUGCUUCUGCAUCUCAUAAGCAAUGGUGGAGAAACCCUUCAGGUUGCAGCCUUCAGAGCUAUGGUCAACAUUUUAACAAGGGUGCAUCAAGAGUCAGUUGAUGAAGCUGAAAGAAAUGUUUACCUUGUAAGCUAUGUAGACUAUGCUUUUGACGAUUUUGGUGGCCGCCAAGCACCGGUUUAUCCUGGUUUGGCAACAGUUUGGGGAAGCUUGGCUCGGAGUAAGGCAAAAGGUUAUCGUGUUGGACCUGUAUAUGAUGAUGUCUUGGCAAUGGCUUGGUUUUUUCUAGAGUUAAUUGUCAAGUCAAUGGCUUUGGAGCAAGCUCGACUAAUCUAUCACAACAUUUCAUCAGGUGAAGAUUCCCCCCCGAUGCAACUGAAAGAAGGUGUUUUUAGAUGCAUUGUACAAUUAUAUGAUUGCCUUUUAACUGAAGUUCACGAGCGUUGCAAGAAAGGUCUAAGCAUAGCCAAACAGUUAAACAGCAGCCUAGCUUUCUUUUGUUAUGACCUAUUGACGACCAUUGAGCCUCGUCAAGUUUUUGAGCUGGUAUCCUUGUACCUUGAUAAGUUCUCUGGGGUAUGUCACUCAGUUCUGCAUGAUUGCAAGCUUACAUUUCUGCAGAUUGUAUGUGAUCAUGACCUCUUUGUUGAAAUGCCUGGACGAGAUCCUUCAGACAGGAAUUACUUAUCAACUGUCUUAAUUCAAGAAAUUUUCCUUACUUGGGAUCAUGAAGACUUAUCAAUGCGUACCAAAGCAGCUAGAAUUUUAGUGGUUCUAAUGUGCAAGCAUGAAUUUGAUGUGCGCUACCAAAAGCCAGAAGAUAAGCUAUACAUUGCCCAGCUAUAUUUUCCGUUAGUUGGCCAGGUUCUAGAUGAAAUGCCGGUAUUCUACAGUCUUGGUCCAAUUGAAAAGCGUGAAUUCCUAGUUAUUUUUCUUCAGAUUGUACGCAAUUUGGAUGAUGCCUCACUUGUUAAAGCCUGGCAGCAUAGUAUUGCUCGUACCAGAUUGUUUCUCAAACUCUUGGAAGACUGUCUAAUGCAUUUUGAGCAUAAGAAGCCCACUGAUGUCAUACUCGUGGGUAGUAGCUCUCGUAGUGUGGUUGGGGAAGGUCCUGCAUCUCCAAAAUAUUCUGAUAGACUUUCACCUGCAAUUAACCAGUACCUCUCUGAGGCUGCACGUCAAGAAGUUAGACAGCAGGGAACACCUGAGAAUGGUUACUUGUGGCAAAGGGUUAAUUCACAGCUAAGUUCGCCCAGUCAGCCAUAUUCUUUAAGAGAAGCCCUUGCUCAAGCCCAGUCUUCUAGAAGUGGAGCUUCAGCACAAGUAUUAAGGGAAUCUUUGCACCCAACGUUAAGGCAAAAACUGGAGCUUUGGGAGGAAAAUUUAAGUGCAGCUAUCAGCCUUGAAGUGUUGGAAGUCACUCAUAAGUUUUCAAGGAGUGCUGCUUCCCAUAGCAUUGCAACUGAUUAUGGAAAACUCGAAUGUAUCACAUCCGUAUUUAUGAGCAUUUUCUCACGCAACCAACCACUCUCCUUCUGGAAAGCUCUCUUUCCAGUGUUCAACAGUGUUUUUGAGCUCCAUGCAGCUACCCUCAUGGCAAGGGAAAAUGAUCGAUUCCUGAAGCAAAUUGCUUUCCAUCUUCUACGCCUUGCUGUUUUCCGAAACGAAAGCAUCAGAAAAAGAGCUGUCAUUGGGCUUCAGAUACUCAUCCGUAGUUCUUUCUCUUGCUUUACCCAAACAGCAAGAUUGAGAGUUAUGUUAACUAUCACAUUGUCAGAGUUGAUGUCUGAAGUCCAAGUAACACAGAUGAAGUCAGAUGGGACACUUGAGCAGAGCGGAGAAGCUCGUCGGCUUCGGAAAUCACUGGAGGAGAUGGCAGAUGAGCACAAGAGCCUUGGGUUAUUAGUGGAGUGUGGGCUUUCAGGGAAUGCACUCUUAGUCUUUCCCGAAGGAUUGGGAGAAAACAGGUGGUCCUGGUCUGAAGUGAAAAAACUUUCUGACAGUCUUCUAAUGGCCCUUGAUGCAAGUUUGGAACAUGCACUCAUGGCAUCUGUAACGAAUGUGGACAGAUAUGCAGCUGCUGAGAGUUUUUACAAACUAGCAAUGGCAUUUGCGCCUGUUCCGGAUCUUCACAUAAUGUGGUUACUGCAUUUGUGUGAUGCACAUCAGGAGAUGCAGUCUUGGGCUGAAGCUGCACAGUGUGCUGCCGCUGUUGCUGGUGUUGUCAUGCAGGCCAUUGUUAGUAGGAAUGAUGGAGUGUGGAGCAAGGAUCACGUGAGUGCCUUACGUAAAAUAUGCCCCAUGGUCAGCGGUGACAUCACCUCCGAGGCCUCUGUUGCUGAAGUGGAAGGAUAUGGUGCUUCAAAACUCACAGUGGACUCUGCUGUCAAAUACUUGCAGCUUGCAAACAAGCUCUUCUCUCAAGCCGAGCUUUACCAUUUCUGUGCCAGCAUCCUAGAACUCGUGAUCCCGGUUUACAAAAGCCGGAAGUCUUAUGGUCAGUUGGCAAAAUGCCACACAAUGCUUACCAACAUCUACGAGUCCAUCCUUGACCAGGAAUCCAGUCCUAUACCCUUCACAGAUGCCACAUACUACAGGGUGGGGUUUUACGGUGAUAAAUUCGGUGGGAAGAUGUUAGACAAGAAAGAAUUUGUUUACAGAGAAGCACGAGACGUAAGAUUGGGUGAUGUAAUGGAUAAACUCAGCCAUAUAUACGAGCCGAGGAUGGGUGGGACCACUCUACAUGUAAUACCAGACUCAAGACAAGUUAAAGGCGAGGAGUUGCAGCCCGGGGUAUGCUAUCUACAGAUAACUGCAGUUGAUCCUGUCAUGGAAGAUGAGGAUCUCGGGAGCAGAAGGGAAAGAAUAUUCUCCCUCUCAACGGGAAGUGUUAGGGCUCGAGUUUUCGACCGGUUUCUGUUUGACACUCCUUUCACUAAAAACGGGAAGACUCAGGGAGGAUUGGAGGACCAGUGGAAGAGGCGAACGGUCCUGCAAACUGAGGGAUCCUUUCCUGCCCUCGUGAACCGGCUUUUGGUUACCAAAUCGGAAUCUCUUGAGUUUUCCCCGGUGGAGAAUGCAAUCGGGAUGAUCGAAACACGAACGUCUGCGUUGCGGAGUGAACUUGAAGAGCCUCGGAGCUCGGAAGGCGACCAACUCCUUCCACGUCUUCAGAGCUUACAGAGGAUACUCCAAGGCUCUGUUGCUGUCCAAGUGAACAGUGGGGUCCUAAGUGUGUGUACGGCUUUUCUUUCCGGGGAGCCGGCGACGAGACUGAGGUCACAGGAGCUGCAGCAACUGAUCGCAGCACUUCUAGAAUUCAUGGCGGUAUGCAAGCGUGCCAUAAGAGUUCAUUUCCGGUUGAUUGGGGAAGAAGAUCAAGACUUUCACUCCCAGCUUGUGAAUGGUUUCCAGUCUCUCACUGCAGAGUUGUCUCACUAUAUCCCCGCUAUACUCUCCGAACUUUAACCAAUCAAUCCUCCUGCUGCCAAAUGUUUUAUUUUACUUCUCUCCUUUCUUUUUUCCAAAUCAUGUGUUGUAUGAUUCCAUCUUGCUUUCUUCCUAGGCUACAUGUUCAUAAAUCAAAGUUAGUGGUUUUGUGUGCUUUUUUACCCCACAAGGAACUUUACUUAAUACGUCCUCCGUUCUUUUUUAGUUGCAACAUUCCAUUUUUCA